AUGGCUGCCCCAACGCCACUUCAAGCAUUCUUCGCAAGAUAUGAUGGUUUCGACUACAACAAUACUGCUCCUCCAACGAGAGAGUUUGGACGGCUGGCCAAGUUAUACAAGUGGAAGAAAAAUACCCCCGCGAAAGAAGCUGCAUACAAGGCGUUCUGCACCGCCCUCGUUCUCGAAUUCAAUGCAGGUUUUGGUACUGAUACGAAGGAUCUGAACGUCUGGCAGGGAUUGUGUGCUCGUGUCCGCAUCAACCCUCUUCCAGAUAGUAUAACUGGCUGCCGCAAGGCGCUUAGGCGAACUCACGUAAACCUUAUCGAUUUAGUCGCCACGCUUUCGACGGGGCGCCCAGUCAAAACGUUCACAACGGUCAACUCGUUGCGUCAGUACACGAUCUCGACCAAGAAGUUCUUUCCUAAAGAAGAUGAAAAUGCGGGAAAUCUUUUGAAGUAUUUAUUACGGGGGAUUGUCACGACUUAA